AUGAGAGAAGAUGGCAAUAGGAAAUUGCAGAGUAGCGCUGUUCCAACAAUUUUCUCUUUCACUAAAGCCAAACCUAAGAGAAAGCCCCCGACACAAAGAGAAGUUCCUGCAAGUAUCACACCUGUUGUUGUGGAUAACGAAGAAGAAAUUGUUGAUCCUACUCCUACAAAAAAGAUGAAAGUGGCACUCCUAGGUAAAUCACACUCUUUCGACUCCUCUGAAAGUCAAGUGUAUGAUGCUGAUAGGGCUAAAAAAAACUCAAGUGAUGAAACAAUUAUGUCAGGAUCUUCUGUGAUAUGGAAUGCGUGCUUAAAAAAUUCUUUGACAUUUGUUCUCAAAAUAUUCAUUUGA